UCGUUUGUUGAAUCAUUCAUUGGCAUGCCGUGCGGCCAUUAUUUUCAUUCAUGUUAUCGCGCCAGACGCGGUAGCGGGCCGGUUGGAUGUGUGCCGCGACCGAGCUAGGAAGGUAGAAAAGUUGGUGUGUCCGUUUUCGACUCGCUCGCUGGACUCACUGGUGAAAGUUGCCUUAAAGGCUGCGUGCCAAAUCGCCAAGAAAAUGUAUACGACUGUGCUGAUUUACUGAAUUAAUUAUUCACCUAGAAUACCAUGAAUUUAACUGUGCCUCUGCGGGAUAUUAAGUGAAUCUAGUGAUUUAGUUGAGUAAAAAGUUUUUAUCAUUGUUAAGAAGUGGAAAUGGCAUUGAAAAUGGAACAGAAAAACGAUCUUGAUUUUAUACUGAAGAAUCUGCUGGCUGGAGGUGUAGCUGGCAUGUGCGCUAAGACUACGGUAGCCCCGCUAGACCGCAUCAAGAUCCUCCUGCAAGCACAGUCGUCGCACUACAAACACCACGGAGUGUUUGGAGGCCUGUCUGCUAUCGUCCGGAACGAGUCCCUCCUUGCUUUGUACAAGGGAAACGGUGCACAAAUGGUCCGGAUAUUCCCAUACGCAGCCACACAGUUUACAAGCUUCGAAAUUUAUAAAAAGUACUUGAGUGGCCUCCACAUACCUCUAGUCCAGCACGGCGACAAGUUCGUAGCGGGCGCAGCGGCCGGCGUCACGGCCGUCACGCUGACCUAUCCGCUCGACACCAUCCGAGCGCGCCUCGCCUUCCAGGUCACCGGGGAACACAAAUAUACUGGAAUAGCGCACGCUGCCUCCACAAUGUUCCGCACGGAAGGUGGUAUCCGCGCGUUAUACCGCGGCUUCGUUCCCACCAUGAUGGGCAUGGUGCCGUACGCCGGGUUCAGCUUCUACUGCUUCGAGUCGCUCAAGUUCCUCUGCAUGAAGUACCUGCCUACGUCACUGUGCCGCAAGUGCGAUAGGAACACAGGGGGUCUGGUGCUAACGGUGCCGGGUAAGCUGGUAUGCGGCGGGCUAGCGGGCGCGGUGGCCCAGUCGGUUUCAUACCCACUCGACGUCACGCGCCGUCGAAUGCAGCUGGCAUGUAUGGACCCGAGGACUGAGAAGUUCGGUAUGGGCAUGGUGCAGACGCUAACACUGAUCUACCGCGAGAACGGCGUCGUGAAAGGCCUGUACCGAGGCAUGAGCAUCAACUACCUCCGAGCAGUCCCCAUGGUGGCUACCUCCUUCAGCACAUACGAGCUUAUGAAGCAGCUACUGCAGCUGGAUACAGGCAUGAAGGUCGCGUAGCGUGGUCUAAGGUGCGCUUCCGCGAGCUAACGUACAGACAGCGCCAUCUGUUAGCGGCACGGACGCAACUGCUUGCACAUUUGUAUACUUACAGUGCGUUUAAAAGCAGGUGCACUUUGACUCCGGCUUGAAGAUUUGCCUUUGUUGCAAAUAAUUAAUUACUUUAUGUGUAUUGAUUGACUAUUGAUACACUUUUCUUAGGAAAUUAUACAUGACUUACAAGUGUAAUGACAAUGCUUGAACCUAACUCAAGCAUGAAAUUACUUAGGUUUAGGCGACCAGCGGAUCGGUGUUAUAAAAGUAACGUGUACGAUACGAUUCCGAUCCGCUCUAAUACAUCUUCGGUAUUGAAAUUAUUAUAUUAAUUUUUAUUAUUCCAUGACUACUGACCGGUACGAUAUUUAGACAUUAAUUGAAUUGCAUCAAUUCUUGUAAAUACUUUGGCAUUUUUUCUAACUGUUGCAGUAUUUAUUUGGUUUAUUCUUAAUUGUCACAAUUUAAUUAUUUAAUUAAUUUAAAUGAAGUGUAGGUAGAUAAUUUCUUUCACGGUUUGGGGGAUUGGGGACUGGAGUCUGAAAUAUGUAAAAUAAAAGAACAAACUGCGCACAACUUAUCGUUUGUCCGAAAAUUCAAUUUAUUCUGUGACCUAUUAUUGAUACCGUUUGAUAGAGCUCAAUCAGUAACUAGUUUUUCGAUAUCUUGUAUAGUUUUGAAAUAAUCGAGUAAAAUCACUUAUCGUUUCCACCCUGUAGAGACACGUUUGUUUUUCCUAACAAGCUUCCAUAUUGAUAUUAUUUUUAAUCCCCUAAUUAUGUGCAAAUUAUAAAUGAUUUAGUUAUAAUAGAUGUUAAUUUGUAAGUUUAUAACAAGUGCAACUUGAAAUGACGACAAUUAUAAAGAAAUGUGCCUUUAUCAGAAAGAAAUCAAUUUGUUAAUUCUGACUAGUAUAGACUGCUUAAUACCUCCGCAUAAUGCACAAAUAUAAUUAAAAAAUAAGUUUAGGCGUUUCGUCAGACGAAAACCUAAAUUAGUGAAAAAGUUACUUAUUUUUAAAUACCUACCAAUUAAGUACAUUUUAACCGGGUUAUGUCUCAUGUACUCAUCGUAGCUGUAAGUAAUUACUUUUGUUAAUUAAUUAUGUUACAGCGCGUCCGAACGUGUUAUAGUUGUCUGAUUUGUAGGUACAUACAUAUUGCAAGAAAUAUGUAGAUAAUGUAAAUUGUAUUCUUCAUUCCAUUUGUAUUAAUUAAUUUAGGUAGUCAAAUAUUUAUUUUAUCAUUCAAAGCGCCUGCUUUGAAUGAUAAAAUAAAUAUUUACUUUAGGUUAUAAAUUGUGUAUUGUAAUUUGUUCUACCAAUAUUUCUGGAUAUUUGCAAUAUUCCUAUGAUUUAAUUGACAGGGUCCUAAAAAUGCUUUAGUUUUUAAUAAGUUGAAAUAGCAUUUUAGGCGAUAUUUUAUUUUUGGACGCUUUUAAAAUAAUUUGUAAAUCUUAUUACGUGCCUUUUAUAUCUGACAACACAGUGGUUUGAACAACAUUCAAAUACCAAAGACAAAUACAUAAUGUUAUGUACCAUUAAUAAAUAAUUCAUACAUCAUGUUUUAUCAAUUAAAUGUAACUUUUAAAAUACAGCUAAUACGCUAAAAUUCGGUGAUGAGAUUAUGCUAUUAGAAAUAAAUAAAUAAAUCGAUUUAUUUUUAGAA